AUGGAGUUGCAUGUUCAUUAUUUAUAACAUGAUCAGGAAAGACUGAUACAGUUUUUGGUAAUGAGAGAGAUUAAGGGCUUGCAUUCCAAUGUUUAAAUUAUUUAGUUGAAAAAACAAAGUAAAUUUAAGAAAUUAAAAUUUUUAUUACUUAUUAAAAUGCAUUAGUAGAAGUGAGUAUUAUUGUGAUAUAUAAUGAGACAAUAAGAGAUCUAUUAAAUACUAAUUAAAAAUCAUUAGUAAUUAUGUAUAAUAGUUAAAAAGGAUAAUAUAUAUCAGGAGUUUAGCAUAUGGUUUAUAGGAAUGGUGAGGAAGUGAGAGAUGUUUUAAACCUUGGAAAUUAAAAUAGAAGUUUGGCUUAAACUAUUUAUAAUGUAUCAUCUUCUAGAUCUCAUGCUGUGAUUUAGAUGAACUUAUCAUAUAAGAUUGAAAAGUAAUUUAUAUAUCAUAAUCUUUAGUUAAAUUCUAACAUACAGAAAUUCAAAAUUAACAAGACUUUUAUAGGAUUCUUUGGGAGGAAUUACCAAAACUAUCAUGAUUGCUUGUGUAUAAUAGAAUAAGUAAUCAUAUGA